UGGCCGUAAAGCAAGUCCGCCUAGGGUCGACCGACACGCCGCCGAACUUGACUAUAUCCGAGAGACGUGAGAAGAGACGCUCUGCUUUCUUACACUCGGUCCAAAGACCAACGCAAGACACCUCCAUCACUUGCCGUCAGGUCAACUCUUGGACUUUCUGGACCUGCCAUGCCAAAGUCGUCCGUUGUCCCCACCCCUCCCAGUCUCGAACCCCAAAAACCGGGCAAAAAGAGACGGGGCCGCCACUGGUCCCGCAUUACCAUGUCGUCCAUUCCGUCAUUCUGCGACGGAGGUAGAGAGUCCAGUGCACCAAAUGCUUGCGCGUCUCAUAUGCUCCGUUGUCGUAGUGGUUGGCAGCAAGUAAGAGUCACCAUCUUGAAAACUUGGUGGUGGGAGGGUCCAGGGAAAACCUGCACAUGGCCAUCCCGGUCAGUUGCGCUCGUAUGGGUUGUCCGUCCUUAUUUAUUCUCGUCAAAAGGCCAAGGGACUUAAGACGGACUUGUUCUUGAUAAAAGGCCCGGGCCAUCUCCUUGGAAACUAGCGACGAAAGGAUAUAUUCAUUUGCUUGGAAGCAGUCGGUAGACCAGCGUCACGGACGGGCCCAAAUACACAACUGCAAGAUUCCUUCCAAGAACCGGCGCCAUGACUCGGCCAACGCUCGACAUCGUCCUCCAAAACAACACGGGCUCCUCCAACGCCUUCGCCCAUGUAACCGGCCUGGACCUCAACCGGAAUAACGCCGUCUUCCUCCUCCAGGCCGACGGCAUCACGGGCUAUUACCCGACGUCGCCCUCGGACAUCCUCCAGCCACUGCAGACGGACUGCGCCAUCCCCCUCGGCGCGCCGGGGUCGACGCGCGAGGUGACGAUCCCCCAGAUCGCCGGCGGCCGUAUCUGGUUCUCCCGGGACGGCCCGCUCAAGUUCCUCCUGAACCCGGGCCCGGCCGUGGUGGAGCCCUCGGCCACCAACACGACCGACCCCAACUACAACCUCAACUGGGGCUUCUGCGAGUUUACCUUCAACAGCUUCCAGGUGUUUGUCAACAUCUCGUACGUCGACUUCGUCAGCAUCCCCGUCUCCCUGACGCUCGAGAACGACGCCGGCAAGGUGACGACCGUGCCCGGCUUCCCGCCCGACGCCCUCGACGCCAUCUGUGAUCGCCUCCGCGCCCAGGACGCCGCCGACAGCGCCGGCUGGUCAAGGCUCAUCGUGCGCACCCCCGACGGGUCAGCAAACCUGCGCGCCCUCAGCCCCAAUUCGGGCAUCGUCAUGCAACCGGGCCUGUUCCAGGGGUAUUACCAACCCCACGUCGACGCCGUCUGGAACAAGUACCGCGGUGCCGAUCUCACGGUCAACACGCAGGCCGAGUGGGGCAACGUCAAGGGCCGCGUAGGCCCCGACAAUCUGCUGUCGUUCGGCCACGUCGGAUCGUUCGCCAAGCCGAGCGCGCGAGACAUAUUCAGCUGCAGCACGGGGCCAUUCGGCGGGUACCCCAAGAACCAGGCCCAGAUGGGCGCCAUCGGGGCGCGCAUCGCGGCGGCCUUCAACCGGUCGACGCUGCUCGUCAACGACCAGCAACCCGAAGGGGAGAGCGUGGCAAACUAUUAUUACAAGGAUGCGCGGACGAACCACUACUCGCGCAUCUGCCAUGAGGUCAGCCCCGACGGCCGCGGCUACGCGUUCCCCUACGACGACGUGGGCCCGGCCAGCGGUCCCGAUCAGUCCGGAUCGCUCUUCGACUCCAACCCGAAGGUUCUGACGAUCGGGAUUGGCGGCGGCGUGGGGAACGCGGCUUCGGUGCAAGAGGAGCUGUAGAC